AUGUCAAAGAGAAAGUUAGAAGAAGAAGAAGAAGUGGUCGAGUCGGAAGAAGAUGACAAGCUUUACCUGAACCGAAAAGUCGAUGAGCGAAGUCACCAGUGUCCAUACCUGGAUACGAUUAAUCGAGGCGUGCUGGAUUUUGAUUUUGAAAAGUUGUGCUCAAUUUCCCUUUCAAAGAUCAACUGCUACGCUUGUCUUGUUUGUGGAAAAUACUUUCAAGGUCGAGGAAUUGGCACGCACGCAUACUUGCAUUCAGUCUCAUGUGGCCAUCAUGUAUUUUUGAACCUGCAAACUCUCAAAUUUUACUGCUUGCCUGACAAUUACCAAAUCAUUGAUUCUUCACUUGAUGACAUCAUCUACGUUUUGAAACCCACUUUUACAGUAACUGAAAUUAAUGAGCUGGACAACAAUAGCAAGCCCUCUAUCGCAUAUGAUGGCACAUCAUAUCUACCCGGCAUUGUUGGAUUGAAUAACAUCAAGCAAAAUGAUUACUGUAACGUUAUUCUCCAGGCACUGUCUCACGUGAAAGUUAUUCGCAAUUUCUUUCUGUUGGACAGUAACCUCGAUGCAUUCGGACAGAAAAGAUCAGAUUUGUUAGUGCAGCGAUUUGGAGAACUUUUGCGGAAGUUGUGGAAUCCGAAAAACUUUAAAGCACAUGUUUCGCCUCAUGAAAUGCUUCAAGCAGUGGUUUUGUACUCUCAAAAGAAGUUUCAGAUAACCCAGCAAGGUGAUCCAAUAUUGUUUCUCAAUUGGUUUCUAGUUUCCCUUCACAAACACAAACACCUUGAAGUAAAAGGUCCUAAAGGCAGCUCUUCAAUCAUCCACAAGACGUUUUUAGGAUCCAUGAAAACGUACACUCGUAAAGUGAUUCCAAUUGAUCGUUCCAUCGAGGAGAAACUGGCUCUAAUGGAAAGCAAAGAGUAUGGAGAAAAGUGUGAAGAGGGCCAAUUUCUGUAUCUUACACUGGAUCUUCCACCUACGCCUCUCUUUCGCGAUGAAAUGAGCGAGAACAUUAUUCCUCAAGUUCCUCUAAGCCAUUUGCUUGCUAAGUUUGACGGAAUAACCGAAAAAGAGUACAAAACGUACAAGGACUCUUUUCUCAAGCGCUUCGUUAUUACCAAAUUCCCGAAAUAUCUCAUUCUGUACAUCAAGCGGUUUAACCAGAACACGUUUUUUCUCGAGAAAAAUCCCACUAUUGUCAACUUUCCGGUAAAGAAUGUCGACCUAUCAGAGCUACUUGAGCCAGAGAGUCGAAAAGAUCAAAAUGCUUGCUACGAUCUCAUUGCAAACAUUGUCCACGAAGGUGCGCCAGAGUCCGGCAAGGGCACCUAUCGCAUUCACCUUCUACAUAAGGGAACUGGCAAGUGGUUUGAGAUUCAAGAUUUACAUGUAAAUGAAAUACUGCCGCAGAUGAUUACCCUGUCAGAGUCGUACAUACAAAUCUGGGAACAAUUGCCAAGUGUUGACUGA